GAACGUAAGUGUCCUGCGAAGUGAAAAAUUCCAGUUCGAAGCGAACGUUCCAUUCAAACGGCAUUGAAGCUUGCUUUGAGGGAUUCAUUGCUUUCUACUCGGGUAGGGAGCAACGAACAAUGUGAGGGGCCAUUUCAAACCAUUGUUUUCAUGCACGGAGCUCACUUUUAACGAGCUGAUUAUUAGAAUCAGGCAGUGACGUGACCAACAAUCCAGGAAAUGUCAGCCAUGGAUCUGCUUCACCUUUACGAGUGGCUCGAUUUGACGACAAUUUUGAUAUUUUCGUGUGUGUUUUUAUUGUUAAGUGAUUAUUUUAGAAAUAAAGCGCCGAAAAAUUUCCCUCCCGGACCGUGGUCUUUACCGAUUAUUGGAAACGUUCAUCAUAUCGACCACACAAAGAUUCAUCUUCAGUUUUUAAAGUUUGCGAAAAAAUAUGGCAAGCUUUUUAACAUUAGGCUUUUUGGAACAAGAAUUGUUGUGCUGGAUGGAUAUAAACUCGUGAAGGAGGUGUAUUUACAACAAGGUGACAACCUUGCUGAUCGACCCAUAUUACCUUCAUUUUAUGACAUCACUGGAGACAAAGGUUUAAUUGGUGCCAAUGGGUAUAAAUGGAAGCAUCAGAGGAGAUUUGCACUUUCAACUCUUCGGACAUUUGGAUUAGGAAAGAAAAGCCUGGAGCCGUCCAUGCAUCUUGAAUGUACCUUUCUGAAUGAGGCAUUUUUGAAUGAACAAGGUCGACCUUUUGACCCUCGCUUACUGCUGAACAACGCUGUCUCAAAUGUGAUCUGCACCCUUGUGUUUGGUAAUCGUUUUGAGUACAGCGACAAUGACUUCCAGACUCUGUUGAAGAACAUCAAUGACGCUUUAUAUCUAGAAGGAAGCAUCUGGGCUCAACUUUACAACUCCUUCCCAUGGCUCAUGCGGCGAGUGCCUGGACCACACCACAAAUUAUUUCUUCUGUUGAACAAGGUGAUUAACUUUGUUCGAGAGAAAGUGAAUGCACACAGAGUGGAUUAUGAUGCAUCAAAUCCUCGAGACUACAUUGACUGCUUCCUCGCUGAAAUGGAAAAACUUAAAGACGACACAGCCGCUGGGUUUGAUGUGGAGAACUUGUGCAUCUGUGCUCUGGAUCUGUUUGUAGCGGGAACUGAGACCACCUCCACCACUCUGUACUGGGGUCUUCUCUACAUGAUAAAAUAUCCUGAGAUACAGGCCAAAGUCCAGGAGGAGAUUGAUCGUGUUGUGGGAGGGUCACGGCAGCCAUCUUUAUCUGACAAGGACAACAUGCCCUACACCAACGCUGUUAUUCAUGAGAUACAGAGAUUUGGAAAUAUCGUCCCAUUAAAUGUGUUUCGAAUUACUGUAGAAGAUACUCAGAUAGGAACAUACUCUAUUCCAAAGGGCACACCAGUGAUUGGCAGUUUGACAUCAGUGCUGUUUGAUGAGUCUGAGUGGGAGACGCCUCACUCUUUUAACCCGGGUCACUUCCUGGAUGCUGAGGGCAAAUUUAGGAGAAGAGAUGCCUUUUUACCUUUUUCUCUAGGAAAGAGAGUGUGUCUAGGGGAGCAGCUGGCACGGAUGGAGCUGUUUCUUUUUUUCUCUUCUCUGCUUCAGCGCUUAACUUUCUCUUCACCAGAUGGAGUGGAGCCGAGCUUGGCUUUUAGAAUGGGGGGAACUCACUGUCCCCAGCCAUAUGAGCUGCGUGCAGUGCCACGCUAAUAUAACAAAAAAAAAAAAUGCGAAUAAGUCACCGCUUUUAGCCCUGUUUGCAAAUUAUUGUAAUAGUAAUUUUCAGUCAUUUAAAAAAAAAAAAAAAAAAAAAAAAAAAAAGUAUUUGACAGGUGGCUUUGGUGUUGAUUAUGAAAUGAAUUUGUGUCAUCAGAAAAUAAAUAAUUAGUAGAAAUAAACAAAACGUAUGUUUUGUAA